AGACGGAAUACAUCGAUAUACAUCGUCUAUAGCAACAAUGUCGUAAAAUACCGUUAGUGCAGAGGAGAAAGCACGGUUAGUGUAAAAGUGAACCACCGAACUCAGUUGUAGACCAUCAAUGUAAGCGUACAGUGCUAUUUAUUCGUAAAAAAAACUCGUGUUACUUACAUACAGCGUUGUAUUGAAAAAAGACCGUGAAUCAGUAUAAGAAGAAAAUCGGAGUGAUGGAAAGCAUCAAAAUGAAGAAAUCAUCCCAGGUCGCGAGUAUCUUUGAUAUUGCAAAGGACACUGUAUUGUUUCUCCUUCUCUCCUGUUAUUAUUUACUGGAGUCACUCUUCUGGACUUUAGUACCGAAUGCGCUAAGGCCCAUGAAGAGUUUGGAAGGAGAUGUGGUGCUGGUGACCGGUGGUGGUGGAGGAGUUGGGAGACAAUUGGCUGUGAAACUGGCAAGGCUAGGAGCAAAAGUCGUUAUAUGGGAUGUGAAUGAACAAUCUCUACGAAAGACAUCCGAUACAGUAAAGGACGAAGGAUAUCACAUCUCGAGCUAUGUCGUAGACUUAGCAGACCGGAACGCAGUUUACGAAACAGCUGAAAGAGUUAAAAGAGAGGUCGGCAAAGUAGAUGUUCUGAUAAACAAUGCCGGAGUGGUGUUUGGAGAGACACUUCUGGAACUGAACGACACGGCCAUUGAAACUACGUACAAAGUCAACAUACUCUCGCACUAUUGGACGGUUAAGGCGUUUCUCCCUGAUAUGAUUAAGACCAAAAAAGGCCACAUCGUGACAGUAUCGUCGGUAGCCGGACUACUUGGCACCUACCGCUGUACUGAUUAUAGUGCGACUAAGUUUGCUACUGUUGGAUUCCACGAGAGUCUUUAUACGGAAAUCAGGGCACACGGCCAUAGCACAGUUCAUGCGACGCUGGUUUGUCCGUACUAUAUCAACACGGGGAUGUUCGACGGUGUGACGCCGCGCCUGAUGCCAAUGUUGGAGCCGGACUACGUUGCGGAGACUAUGAUAGACUCAAUCAGGAAGAAUGAAGUCAACUGUAUCAUGCCUGGAUCUGUCCGAUAUCUCCUACCACUGAAAUGCUUACUGCCCGCAAAAAUGUGUUGGGAUUUGAUGCAUCGCGUCAUGAAAGGACCCCAGUCUAUGAUGGAAUUAAGGAAGAAACCUCAAGCAGCGUAACUUAAAGGAUUCCAAUAUAUAUAAUAUGUUAAAUGUUGGUGAUAAAUUUGCUGAAGUUCAAAAAGGCAUUUAAAUUUGAUAAAUUAUUCUACUAAUAAAAUGGUACAAAGACCUUC